CAAUAAUGUGGCGAGGAGUCCAUCGGCGGGCCGUGUCGACGUUCUCGAUCCAGGCGCGGCUCCAGGCCGGCCUUCUUGGCGGUCAUGCAGACUUCACUGAGAAGACGACGUUCUUCCGGCGAUCCCACCAACCUAAUGUUGACUACCAGACGAGCGCCGUGAUGAGCUUGGGGCUCCCAAAAAACACAGUGCUGUCCACGGCGCAAUCCGUUGCUCAAACGUACGGCGAACAGCACGAAUGGAUCGCAUCUGCAUCUGCAGCCAAGCCAGGCUUUAUAAAUGUCAAGCUCAAGGACGACUGGAUCGCCGAACAUACCGUGCAUGUCGCCACACGCGGCGUGCAACCCCGCCGCCAGGACCGUCCUGAGAAUGUGCUGGUCGAUUUUGCAUCGCCCAACAUGGGCAAAGAACUGCACGUGGGCCAUUUACGGUCGAGCGUUCUCGGCGACACCAUCAGCAACCUGCUCGAAUUUCAAGGGCAUGCGGUGUCGCGCAUCAGCCACGUCGGUGACUUGGGGGCAGCAAUUGCAACGCUAAUUGUGCAAGCGUUGGACAUUCAAGACAAUGCGACGCAUGGAUUGCCGCGGACAUUUGACGAAACCACAACCGUUUCUACACUUGGUCAAUGGUACGAGCGCGGCAAACAUCGCUUGGGCAGCAGCGACGUCGCGUUCAAAGCUGCGGUGGACGAGACGGUCCUCGGGCUUCAGCGACAGGACCCCAAGUGGCAACAUCCAUGGGAGCUCACGUGCUCCAUCAGUCGCGCGGCCCAUCAAAGUUUGUACCAGCGCUUGCGAGUCAAGGUGCACGAACGCGGCGAAGCCACAUACAUAUCGAUGAUCCCAACCGUCUUGAGCAAGCUCCGUGCGAUCGCUUCAGAGUCCCAAGGCGCGCUGUGUAUCUUUGUCGACGGCCCUGACAAGUCGCCCAUGCUGGUGCGUAAACAGGACGGCGGGUUUUUGUACGCCACCACGGACCUCGCUGCGCUGUAUUCCCGAGUGUUUGGGUGGGCUACAGACCCCAUCGCAUACGAUCGGCUCAUCUACGUGACCGAUUUAAGCCAGAGUUUGCACUUUCGCCACUUGUUCGAGGCGGCCAAAUUGGCAGGGUGGCUCGCAGACCGCCCCGUCAAGCUGGAGCAUGCUGGCUUUGGCCUCGUCAUGGGCGAAGACGGCACCAAGUUGAGUUCUCGUAAAGGUGGGGCAACAACGCUGGGCGAGUUGUUGGACCAAGCCGCGUUGGAAUCCCAGGCGCGGUCGGUCGUCCCCAAUGCAGACCACCGCGCGAUUGGAGAUGCCGCGGUGCGGUACUAUGAGUUGGCACAACAUCGCGAGCGCAACUACAAGUUUUCGUUUGCCAACGUAUUGAAUUUAAAAGGCAACACGGCGCCGUACUUGAUGUAUGCGAUGGCCCGCCUCCAGGUAUGAACUUGCACCACAUGCUUGAGCACGCAGCCACAUCGCCGAUGCGCGCCUGCAACUGUCAUGCGCGUGCAUCAUGUAGGGGAUCCUGCGCAAGGCCGACCUGCCCCACGCAGCAUCAUGGGCCGAUUACUUGGCUCAGCAUGCUGACGCAACAACGGAGCUGCAGCAUGCGUCAAGCACGUGGCACCCCAACGAGCGGGCGCUGGCACUCGUACUUGGGCAGUUCGAAGACGCCUUGAUUGACACCCAAACCCACUGGCACCCGCACCUCCUCGCCGACUACUUGUUUCGCGUCGUGACAGCGUUCCACUCGUUCUACGAGACAUGCCUCGUUCAAGCAAACCCGUCGCGGCUCAUCUUGUGCGCUGCCACCGACGCUGUCCUUCGCCGUGGCCUGCACCUGCUAGGCAUUCCAUCCGUCGACCGCAUGUAGCCACAUGCAACACGGUCACUUGCCAAACCAAAUCGAGUCUAGACCGAAGAAAAGGACCAACAAAGUUGUGUGUCUGCUUUCCUUUGUGGAUGUCAACCAUCCAGGACAUACUUGUGA